CGACAACGACAACGACAGCGACAGCAGUGGCACACAGGCAGCGGCGUGACGCAGCGCAGACACCGUGAGAUCUCGCGUGGCGGAGCGCAUACGUUGCGAGCUCUCAUUCGUACGAUGACGACGAGGAGAAUGGCACUUUGCCCACGAUAGUGUAUCGCAUCCCAUUCCUUCAUCCGACCGACAACCCAAACGGUCGCACGACGACGAGCCCAGCAUGGAGCCCAUGGACUACAACACGCCUGGGCAAUAUCGGGUACAUUACUUUCAACGGCCAAUAUCGCCCGUCGCGGCAGCUGCUACACCAUGUCUUGCCUCUGGGCAGGACUACUUCUCCGCAAGCACCCGCAAGAGACAGCGCCCGGAUUCAUCACACUCGCGAGAAGGACGACAUAUACAGCAGACAACAGCGUGGAGUUGGGAGGAGACACCGAGGUGGCCGCAGUGCCCAACACCCAGCGACAACCUCUUCGGUAGUGGACAAGGUUCGGCGCUUGUGAACGAGCGGUAUCGAUUGGCCGAUGGCUUCGACACACCUGGAGUGCAGUCUAUUUGUAGGCCGGAGCUGCUUCCAGGGCAGGAAGAUCCAGUUCGAAGACGGCUCAGAGACGACGACUCAGACGUCACGAUGCGUUCUGGCUGUACACCUCUCACUGGACCACUCGCAUGUGAGAGAAAUGGUGUCGCGCGUGGGAGACCUGCCUCUGACAAGCAUAUACAGACGACGUGGACGAGUCUUGCUUGCAAUAUAAUUGCCAAAGCAUUGAAGUUUGGAAGCACUGCAUUUCGUGGCUUUAGCGCCGGCGGUGGCAAGGGCUACUCACCAUCACUGCAACCCAGCCAAGAGGUCGUCUCUCCACCAGAACCAUCCCGCCAUGGUACUGAGAUCGAUUUCUUUGGAGACUUCGAGCAGGACAGCCCCCACUUGAAUCACGGAUCUCCCAGCGGGCCUGCGGUUAAGCGGCGACAGACCGACAGAGAUAGCUGGAUAAUGGUGGAUAUGGACAGCAGGUCGUCAAGUCCAAGACGGAAGAGCUCCAUCGGUGCUUUACCACGAUCCAGUCUUGCCUCGCGCGCGUCUAGCAGACGCAGCCUGGCACCUGUAUCGCGGAGGGCGAUGUCGAAUCAUCAGUCCAAUGCCACCACAGCGCAGACCGUGGCUACGCCGCCUCGACCACAAAGCAGGCGAGCUUCCAUCGCGCACACUCGCUCGCCUCAGGGGCGGCCACGUAGCUCUGGCGGAGGUCCGACCCUUGUCAGUCCCGAGGCAGAACGUUUUGCCAAACGACAAACGAAGCAAGCCAAGACGAUGACCAGCAUGAGCACCCGCAUUCAAGAAAUGAUGCGCGAAGCUCAGGAGGCUCUUGGGACAAAAUACAGCGUGGAGAGCGACUAUGAUGGCAUGGAGGACGAGGACGAAGGCUUUGUCGAUGACGAGUGGUAGGGUUUCUUUGGAAAGCAGCAGUAAGGGAGGACAGUACAUUGUGUGAUACGGAAUGCAGCAGAGAGAGGGAGAGAUAUAUGAUACCCACGCUUUAUGAUUAGUCUUCGGCUACGAGCUAGGAGUGUACGUACUAUAAUGGAACAAACGG